CCUCCACCACCCACCCCCCCGAACCCACCUUCCUCAACGCCAACUCUCUCACCCAGCUUUAAGCCGUCAAAAUUCGGUUUUUCAAGCGCAACAAGGCGCCUCCGAACAGUGCCCCGGAGCACCCCACCGCCGCGAUGGCGACGCCUACCCGUACAGCAACUCCGAGCGGCACCUCGACGCCAGAUGCCUCUGGCAUGCCCCCGAUGCCGCAGAAGGAUGAUGUGAAGGCAACAUGGAACUACCUCGAAGCGGGCGUGGAGAAGAUCAUGAACGACCUACGCGGCGGAAUGGAUAUGAAGACGUACAUGGGUCUCUACACCGCGAUUCACAACUUCUGCACAGCCCAGAAGGCGGUUGGCUCAGGUGGCUUCACCGGUCAUCAGAACCGGGGAGGUGCCCAUCUCCUCGGAGAGGACCUUUACCAGCAUCUCAUCAUAUACCUUCAGAACCACCUCAAGGGUGUUCAGGAUCGAUCGCGCGACCACGUUGACGAGGCAUUGCUCACGUACUACAUCAGAGAAUGGAACCGCUACACCACUGCAGGCCAAUACAACAACCACUUGUUCCGGUAUCUCAAUCGUCAUUGGGUGAAGCGGGAAAUGGACGAGGGAAAGAAGAACAUUUAUGACAUCUACACACUGCACCUUGUACGAUGGAAAGAUGAUAUGUUCGCCGGCACACAAGAGAGCGUGAUGCGCUCGGUCCUCAAACUCGUUGAGAAGCAGCGUAAUGGCGAAACUAUCGAGCAGUCUCACAUCAAGAGCGUCGUAGACUCGUUCGUUUCCUUAGGCUUGGACGAAUCCGACAGCACAAAGUCUACUCUGGAUGUGUACAAGGAGUACUUCGAGAAGCCAUUCCUUGUUUCCACCGCGGAGUACUACGAUACCGAGUCGAAGCAGUUCCUUGCGGAGAACAAUGUUGUGGAGUAUAUGAAGAAGGCCGAGGCCCGUCUAGACGAGGAGAAGGAGCGUGUCCCGCUGUACCUCCUUAACGAAAUUAUGACCCCACUGAUGCGCACUUGCGAGCAGUCGCUAAUUACCAACCACUCCGCAAUCCUGCGCGACGAAUUCCAGAGUCUCCUGGAUCAGGAUCGACAGGACGACCUGGGUCGGAUGUACAAGCUUCUUGCUCGGAUUCCCGAUGGACUGGACCCGCUGCGCAACCGGUUCGAGACCCACGUUCGGAAAGCUGGCCUAGCUGCAGUGGAAAAGGUCUCAGCAGAGGGGGAUAGCCUGGAGCCCAAGGUCUAUGUCGAGGCACUGCUUGAGGUGCAUACCCAAUACCAAGACCUCGUCAACCGAGCUUUCAACGGCGAGUCGGAGUUCGUGCGCUCUCUAGACAACGCCUGCCGAGAAUUCGUCAAUCGGAACAAAAUUUGCAAGUCUGGCUCGAACAAGUCGCCUGAGCUGCUAGCCAAGUAUACCGACAAUCUCCUGAAGAAGUCGACAGCUAAAAUGACGGAAGAGGAUGACAUGGAGAAGCUUUUGACGCAAAUCAUGACUGUCUUCAAGUACAUUGAGGAUAAGGACGUUUUCCAGAAGUUUUACUCUCGAAUGCUGGCCAAGCGUCUUGUGCAAACUUCGUCAGCGUCCGAUGACGCGGAGACUAGCAUGAUAAGCAAGCUCAAAGAGGCUUGCGGUUUCGAGUACACCAAUAAGCUCCAGCGCAUGUUCCAGGACAUGCAGAUCUCGAAAGAUCUCAACACCUCGUACAAGGACUGGGUAAACGAUACGUUCGAGCGAGAAGACGUUAAGAACUUCGUUGAUGCUACUUACAACAUCCUAGGCACGGGCUUCUGGCCACUGAAUCCGCCCGUGACGCCGUUCGUGGCUCCGAUUGAGAUCAACAAGACCUAUGAGCGCUUCGCGAAAUUUUACAACCACAAGCACCAGGGUCGCAAGCUCACCUGGCUAUGGCAGCUGUGCAAGGGCGAAAUGAAGGCUAAUUACAUCAAGAUGCCUAACACCAAGGCCUCCCCGACUCUCCAGGUUUCUACGUACCAGAUGGCUCUGCUGUUGCUCUUCAACGACAACGACACCGUGUCCUACGAGGAGAUGGCAGGGGCUACGAAAUUGGCCAAGGAGACUCUGGAUCCCAGCAUUGGAGUCUUCGUCAAGGCAAAAAUUGUGAUUGCUUCGCCGGACGGUGCGAAGCCAGAGGCCGGCACGGUCUACAAACUCAACACGGGCUUCAAGACCAAGAAGAUGAAGAUUAACCUGAACAUCGGAAUCAAGUCCGAGCAGAAGCAAGAAGCCGAGGAUACCCACAAGACUAUUGAGGAAGAUCGGAAACUCCUCAUGCAGUCUGCUAUCGUUCGGAUUAUGAAGUCUCGUAAGAAGAUGAAGCACCAGCAGCUCGUCUCAGAGACAAUCGGCCAGAUCAAGAGCCGAUUCUCGCCGCGGGUGCCCGACAUAAAGAAAUGUAUCGACAUCCUCCUAGAGAAGGAGUAUCUCGAGCGCUUGGAGGGUGACGAGCUGGGCUACUUGGCAUAGACUGGUGCAACUCGUUGUUCCUGGACUUCUUUUUUGUGGUCUUUGACUCCGCAAACCUGUCGUUGGGGCCUGCCAUUCGGACUCCAAGAUCUACAGUCGCCAAAGGGAGCUUGCAUGGCGGGAUGUGGGUUUCUUUUUCUUGCAGUCGGAACGGAGGCGUUUUCUAUUGGCAUCG